AUGAAUCAGGUGGAGGAGAAGGAGGAACAGCGAAAACUCGAAUCGGCCAGUGGCCGGCAGCAGCAGCAGCAACAGCAUGAGGGGGAGGGGCAGCAGCAGCAGCGUCAUCAGCUACAGGAGGGCCCGGGCGAAGACUCCGCUGCGGGGCCGACUGGGGGCUCUGGGUGUCUAGCAACUGGUCCGGGUGCUGGCGGGGUGCUGCCUGGGGGCGCGCGGGAGCUCCUCGGUGAACUGUUCAUUCCCCCGGAGCGCCUGACCAAGUUGGGCACAUUCGGUACGGGAGCUUUCGCUACCGUACAGAGCUGCGGCCUGGAGAUGGUUCCCGGCGGCCCCUCUCUUACUGUGGCUGUCAAGUCCCUCAAGCCGCAGGUGCUGUCGGACCUGGAGGACCUCCGGAGGUUCCUGUUGGAGGCCAACCUGGUUCGCAAGCUCCACCACCCCAAUAUUGUUUCCAUUCACGGUCUGGGCGCCCACGACCUGAGCUCCCUGGAGUCCCUGCGUAACAGCGCCUAUGUGGUGAUGGAGGCUCUCCAGGGGGGGGAUCUGCGCAUGAUGCUGCUGCGCCAGAUGACCAGUCGCAGUCCCGCCUACUCACGUGUCGACGCGCUCCGCUGGUGCACCCACAUAGCCGCCGCGUGUGCCUACCUGCAUGAGACGUGUCGGCCCAUGGUCAUCCACCGGGACCUCAAACCCGAGAACGUCAUGCUGAGUGGGGGCCCGGUAGAUGGGCGGGUGGCCAAGAUUACGGACUUCGGGUUGCAUAAACGUGCCCGCUACAGCCGUACGGAAGAUGUGCUGAUUGCCGUAACCAACGAGUGGAGCACACGUGGCGGUAGCGUGUACCGUGGGAACGGCAUGUACGGCGGCGGUGCGCGAGGAGGAUACGGCGGGGGUUCCGUGAAGGCGGGGGGGACUGUGCGCGGCGGCAUCCGAGCAGAUUUCUCAACGAACGGCGGGGGCGUCAUCGAUGCAUCGUACUAUGGCGGUAACGCUUACAUCGAUUCGUCUUCCCACUGGGACAAGUCGGCCGCCACCGCCGCCGCCGCGAUGGCUGGUGGCAGCAACGGUAACGGAAGUUACCGUCCCGGCGUGCAUGGUAACCGCAGCACCAGCGCCCGGUACGCCGCGCUGGCAACGGCGGGCCUGGCGGCCGCAACCGCUGAGGCGACAAACGCCGUAACCAUCGCUAUCGCCAACGAUCUCGGUGGCGGCGGCGGCGGCGGCGGCGGCGUGCCGGUGCUGCAUCGCGUCGGGCUGAACGACCUCGUGGUGGCGCCGACGGCAGCCGCCGACGGUGCCAUCAGUGGUGGCGGCUGCAACGACGGCACGUGCUGUUCCACUGAUGUGACAACGGUAACGGUAACGGCAGCAGGGCCGGCAGGGGGGGAUGUACUGGCGGACGAAGGCGGCAGCACCACCGGGCCCGCCAGCAGCCUGCCACCCGGGGACAGCCUCCGUGCGGCCUCGGAAGCAGCGGCGGAGCUGGGUAUCGCGCCUCAGGGCAAGGUCACGGAGCGGGAGCGGCCGUACCUGCUGGCGUACGACAAGCGGUACGACACGCUUCCCAAUGGCGGCAGCAAGUGGAGCAGCUCGACGGACUUGUUGGGGAUGAAUGACGCAGCCGUGGCGGCGGCGGCCGCGGCUGUAGCCGCCGCCGCUGCCGCCGCCGGUGCACCGCCCUCACCUCCGCUUCUGCUCCCUCCCAGCGGCGGCCCUUCCCAUCCCCGUCCGCCGUCGGCUCCCCAGAAUUAUCAACCAUUAGGUUGGACGCCGCCUAACGUUGUCCCACCCGCCAGCCUAGAGGAGAGCGUACACAGAAAGAUGCUGGCGCUGAUGGCGCUGGAGAGCGCAGCGGCGGCGGCGGCAAACCCCAUGGUGGCGGAGCCAGCGCCGGCGCCUGGCGGCGUUGCGCCAGAUGGCGGAGCCAUCCCCGCUGUUGCUGCUGUGGCAGGGCCGGCGGCGGGGCCGGAGUCAGCGCCGUUUUCUGUUACGGAGUUUGUCCGCGCCGCCGCCGCCGCCGCCGCCGCCGCGGCCACAUCCGCCGAGUCAACCGCAGGGUCGGCGCCGUCGGCCGUCAUGCUGAUGCGGUCCAUGUCACUUGCCCUGCAACAGCAACAGCAACAACAGCAGCAGGAGGCGCUUGCUAGCCCGGCUCCGCAGGCCUUGCAGCCGGCGCUCACAGCAAGUACGGCAGCAAGUACGAUUACCAUGCCGCCGCCGUUGGCUGCCGCCGCUGCCCGUGCCGCUGCGCGGGCUGCCUUCAUGAAAACGGUUCCUGAAGACAACCGGAUGAGUAUGGACGUGGGCAGCCUCGCCGCGGCGUUGCCUGCCGCAGCCGGCGGCGGUAGCGGCAACGAUGCCGCCGCCGCUGCCGCCGCUGCCGCCGCCGCCGCGGCGACAGCGACGGUGCACAGCCGCGCUUCCGCACCCGCGCCGGCCGCUUCCUCCGGCAAGCGCCAUGCGAACGCGGCGCAUCGUCAGGAGAAGGUUGCGUCCGUCGCCGCCCGGAUGGCAGACGCCACCCGCCAGGUGGGCAGCCUCGUAUACAUGGCUCCAGAGCUGGUGCUGAGCGGGAAUUAUAACGAAAAGGUGGAUGUGUUUUCUUUCGCCAUCAUCGCCUACGAGCUGUUCACCGGGAAGCUGCUGGCCAUGAAGAUAGCCAACGAGUACGCCUGCCAGCUGGAGCAGCAGGGGGGGUCGGGGGCGGCGGCAGCCCGCGGCGCUCGGGCUGGUCCGGGGGGACUGCCGGCGGCGGCAACCCGCAGCGCGGAGGAGGACGCGGAGGCGGGGGUGAUGUCGUACGUGAUGCGGCGGUGUGGCGGCAGCCGGGAGCCGCUGCCCAGCUGGUGGCCCGGGGAGCUGAGGGCGCUCAUUGCGGCCUGCUGGGCGGAGGACCCCGCGGAGAGACCCAGCUUCUCGCAGAUCCACAGGCAGCUCCGGAAGAUGCAACACAGCGGUGCAGUGGCCGACAUGGACGCCCGGGACCCCCUCAGAGGCAUGGGGUGCGGCUGCAACAUCUCGUGAACCGUGCGCAGACGUGUGAGUACGACAUGACGUGUGCGUGCGUAUGUAUGUUGUGUGACCCGCGGGACCCGUGG